AUGCCGUCAGCCAAUGAAUUUACGGGGCAUACGGUAAUGAAAUGGGUAGAAUUACCGUAUGAAGUAGUUUCAAGUACGAAGAAAUUUCAGUUUCUGGUGAACUUGCUGAUGGGAUUGCUGAUUAGUUUUGCACGGCAAGUGAAUUGGUCGCAGUUGGAUGACCUAGUAAUGAUUGGAAUACCGUUAUUUGAAUGGUUCAAAAGUACGUCGGCCCACUGUCCGAUGGAUAGCGAUUAUAACACGUACUACAAUAAUAAUAAUAAUAAUGGCAAAAAUGGUAAUAAUGAAAAUAAAGAAGAUCAACAUGACAGUGAAUGUGUGGAACAACAAGGUGGAGUAUUGAGUAUUACAGCAGAAGAUUUGAAAUGUUUGAAAAAUUGGCUGAAAGAAAACUUCGACAAAUACACAGAGAAAGCGGUCGCAAUGAGAAUACGGGAGUUUUUAUGA